CUCCCUUCAUGAAGCCAAGAAUUGGGGGUCCCCUUCUCUAUCCUUGUUCCUCCAUUGACUCAGGAAUUGGGGUGCCACGUUCAUUCUCCAUCCUUGUUUCUUGGUGGGGUCAGUUAUUGGGGUGUCGUGCUCUCUAUCCUUGUCUCUUCAUGGAGCCAGGAAUUGGGGCACUGUAUUCUCCAUUUUCGUCCCCCAUUGGACUCUGAAAUUGGGGCGUCCCCUUCUCCAUCCUUCUCCCUUCAUGGAGCCAGGAAUUGGGGUGUCCUCUUCCCAUCCUUCUCCCCUCCUGGGCUCAGCUGUUGGGGCGCCCCAUUCUCCCUCCUUGUCCCAGGAACUGGGGGGAUUAAUGGGGUGCCCCAUGAUCCCCCUUCCUUUCCCUGAGGCUCCCUUGGGCCUCCCCUGCUGAGGCCUGCUUCCCUCCCUCUCUCCCGCCAGGCCUUGGGUUCGCCUGGCGUUCUUGGCCGUUAGAGCCCUCUCUCCUUGGGGCGAAGGAGGCCGGGCGGGAGCCAUGAGGGGCCUCCAGCUGCUGCUGCUGCUGCUCCUCCUCAGCGCCGCCUUCCUCCUCAGGGGCCUCGAUUGUCAGAGGUUUCUGCAUAUCACCUACCCACAGAAAGUACCGUCCAACAACACCGAAGACGGCUUGGGAGACGAGAGCAUACAGACGUAUAUUAUCACAAUAAACAAGAAGGCAUACACAAUUCAUCUGACACAACAAAGCUUUUUGCCAAAUGACUUUAUGGUUUACACAUACAACAAAGGGGGCUUUGUACAUCCCAACUCCCCGCAAGUUCAGAAUGAAUGCUUCUACAAAGGUUAUAUCGAAGGUUACCCCAAAUCUGUUGCAAUACUCAGUACCUGUUCUGGGCUCAGGGGAUUGCUGCAGUUUGAAAAUGUCAGCUAUGGAAUCGAGCACUUGCAGUCCUCAACGACAUUUGAGCACCUUCUUUAUCAAAUCAACAACAAAAACCUCAAUGGCCCUCUUAUGACAGAAGGCUUCACUCCUUUGGACAGGCCAAUGGAGAGCAGUGACGUGUCUUAUAAGCUACUUUCAGAUACUAAACCACUGGCAGACGUCACUAAAACGUUCAGAUACAUAGAACUGUAUAUCGUUCUGGAGAAGGAAUUGUAUGACUACAUGGGGGGAAACCGUGAUGAUGUCACCCAGAACAUAGUACAACUUAUUGGUUUUGUCAACGGUAUAUUUUCUGACCUCAACAUAACGAUCGUUCUCUCCUCUUUGGAAUUCUGGACAGACCAGAAUAAAAUCGACACAUCAGGAGACCCUGACGAGUUAAUGCGGAAGUUUUUACAAUGGAAGAAUUCAUAUCUUGUUCUACGACCCCAUGAUCUGGCAUUUUUGUUUGUUUACAGGGAGAGGCCUAAUUAUGUCGGAGCAGCAUUCACCGGAAAGCUGUGCCUCCGGAAUUACGAUGCAGGAGUUGCUCUGUAUCAAAAGUCAGUUACGAUGGAGACGUUUUCUGUCAUCCUGGCACAACUGUUGGGCCUCAGCCUGGGGAUGGAGUAUGAUGAUGGCAAAGAAUGUAAGUGUCCAGGCCCCAUCUGUGUAAUGAACACAGGAGCAGUGCAUUCGAACGGUGUUAAAGCCUUUAGUAGCUGCAGCAUUGAAGACUUCCAAAAUUUCAUUAAGUUCAAAGGAGCCCCUUGCCUUUCUAAUAGGCCCAAUUUAAAAUUGUAUUAUAAAAAGAGAAAUGCAAAGGGCAGAUCAGUUUGUGGAAAUGGUAUUCUGGAGCCUGGAGAGAAGUGCGAUUGUGGUUCAGCUGAGGAUUGUAAGCACAGUAGAUGCUGUACCAGCACAUGCACAUUUCAGCCGGGAGCUGUGUGCAGCAAUGAAUUAUGCUGUGAAGGUUGUAAGUUUAAGCCAAGAAAUACAAUAUGUAGGUCAACAGCAGAUAACGUUUGUGAUUUUCCUGAGUACUGCAAUGGAAGUUCAGCGUCCUGUCCAGCCAAUGUUUAUGUCCAGAAUGGUUUCAAGUGUGGUUCCAACACUGGCUUCUGUUACGGAGGAUCUUGUCAGUCAGCUGAUCUACACUGUCAGGGACUCUUUGGUAAAGACUCAAAAAAUGCUCCAAUUGCAUGCUAUGAAGAAAUCAAUGGUCAGACAGAUAGAUUUGGACACUGCGGGACUGAUUCCAAAGAGGGAUAUAAGGCUUGUUCUCUUCAGGAUAUCAGAUGUGGAAAGUUAAUCUGUGUAUAUCCAUACACAGUGCCUUUUACUAAAAUGAAAGUUCCUGUCCUGUAUACGCCAGUAAAAGGUACUAUCUGUGUAUCUUUGGACCUUCAACAGCCAGAAGGCUCCCCAGACCCUAUGCUGGUGAAAGAGGGUACAAAAUGUGGAGUUGAUAAGGUUUGCAUCAAUCAAGUAUGUGAAAAAUAUAGCAUCCUGAAGUACGACUGUGACCCUGAUAAAAAAUGCUCUGGACACGGUAUGUGCAACAACAAGAAAAACUGCCACUGCAAUCCAGGAUGGGCUCCCCCAAAUUGCAAAAGUAAAGGAAGCCCCCUGGGAGGAAGUGUUGACAGUGGGCUUCGCAUUUUGGCAUCCGACAUUACAGAAAGAGCCGCUGAAAACAGCAUGCGAACAUGGGUACUGCUAAGCAUAUUUCUCUUCCUGCCCAUUGCCAUUUUGUUGGCCAUCUUGCUUUUCAAAUGGAAACGAAUCAACAAGUACUGCGCUGAUGACAAGAAGUCACAAGACGAUUCUUUAUCUUAUUCUAGAUCGGAAGAAUUGAGCAUGUCUGACAAAAUAAGCACUCACACGGACCAGAUGUGACCCAAACUGCGCUGGACUCCUGCUGUGCAGGGAAGAAAAAGAGAGAGCCAAGAUCACUCCACACUUGGAUGGUGCCCUAUUUCUUGUAGUUCCUUAAUAAAUGAUUGCUUGCAUAGAAAGCACAGAGGA